CAGAGUUUAACUGAGCACAUGAUGAUUCACACUGGUGAAAAGCCGUUUACAUGUGUGAACUGUGGGAAAAGUUUUAAUCGAAAACGGAGUUUAACUCAUCACAUGAUGAUUCACACUGGUGACAAGUCAUUUUCAUGUGUGACCUGUGGAAAAAGUUUCAGUGGAAAAUAUAAUUUAACUCAGCACAUGAUGAUUCAUACUGGUGAAAAGCCGUUUUCAUGUGUGACCUGUGGGAAAAGUUUUAUUCGAAAACAGAGUUUAACUCAGCACAUGAUGAUUCACACUGGUGAAAAGCCGUUUUCAUGCGUGACCUGUGGAAAGAGUUUUCUUCAAGAACCGCAUUUAACUAGGCACAUGAUGAUUCACACUGGUGAAAAGUCAUUUUCAUGCGUGAACUGUGGAAAAAGUUUCAGUGGAAAAUAUAAUUUGACUCAGCAUAUGAGGAUUCACACUGGUGAAAAGCAGUUUUCAUGUGUGACCUGUGGAAAAAGUUUUUUUCAAAAACAUGAUUUAACUCGUCAUGUGAUGAUUCACACUGGUGAAAAGCAGUUUUCAUGUAUGACCUGUGGGAAAAGUUUUAUUCGAAAACAUGAUUUAACUCAGCACAUGAUGAUUCACACUGGUGAAAAGCCGUUUUCAUGUGUGAACUGUUUAAAAAGUUUUAGUCAUAAAGCGAAUUUAACUAAGCACAUGAGGAUUCACAAUGGUGAAAAGCCGUUUUCAUGUGUGAACUGUGGAAAAUGUUUUAUUCAAAAAUCGAAUUUAACUACGCAUCUGAUGAUUCACUCUGGUGAAAAGCCGUUUUCAUGUGUGACCUGUGGAAAAAGUUUUAUUCGAAAACAGGAUUUAACUGAGCACAUGAUG